UGCUGGAGUCAGAGGUAACACAGUGUGGAGCUGGAGGAACACAGCAGGCCAGGCAGCAUCAGAGGAGCAGGAAAGUUGACGUUUGGGGUCGGGCCCUACUCCGGUCAUAUGAGGAAGUCUGAGUUCAAUAUUCUAGCGGCAUUUUUGUACACGGAUGUAAUUAUAGCAGCAGCAUUAAAUAUCUGAGUAUUCGCACAGAUCGCAUCCGUGUUUUAGUCCGUAAACACUAAGAUUUGGCGUCUUUUUUUUCUUAAAUCUAUGGUCGGACAAAUUGAAAUAUAUCCGAGCCAGAAUUCUGACACAACGGCUUCUGUAGAGGACCUGCACCACUCCCAUCACCUGGUCUGCUGACUCAAGUUGGGGUCGGCAGCACUACCACGAAGCAAUAACAGAAUAAGUCCCUAUUUGUGCCGAUAAAUAUUCAGUGAUUAUUGCCUGAAAAAGAUUUGAAAUUAUGAAGAAUGUGGGCUUAAUAGGGCCACCACUAUAUGACCGAGAUUGAAAUUAUGCUUGCAGUACCAAUUGACUUAUUCUACAAUAUUCCAAGAUCAUUUUUGCCUUGGGUUUGCAAUUGUGAAAUGCAAAGACAAGAAUGAAUUGUUUUUGACAAAACAGUGGUUCGAGAGGACACUGAACUUCGCAUUUAAAAUACCUGCGCUUAUUGACAACGUUAACACUUUCCCUCCCUGCAUAUAUAUUUCUACAGAAAGACGACAUAAAGUCGCACCCUCCCACCGUUUGAAUUCCAGUCUGAAGCUAAUCCCUGUGGAUCUUAAAUUGACAAAUAGCAAUUUGAACACGUUGCCUUCGCCUGGGACUCAUUGAUACUCCGGGUUCUACAGUCACAACCUACUCGGAGGAACGAUUCAAGCCGUCUGAGGGUGUUUGCCUGUGAAAUAUACAGUUACAAAAUUACUGAAGUUAUAGCUUUUAAUCUAAAUUGUUCAAAUGUAGAUGUUAAGUAAUUACUAUCGACCCGAAAGGAAAUUAGACAAAUAGUUUGGUGACUGAAUGUUAAGAGUUUCGAGAUCUCCCCCAUCAGGAUAAUGGUAGCAGCCGGCGGAAGUCCCUGGUUCAGCAUUUGCGAGGAGCUGCAGGGAGAAAGUUCGAUACAUUAUUACUGAUUGCAAAGUCUCUUGUUCAACCGGCACUGGGAGAUGAGGCGAAGGCAAAAGAGACUUCUUCAGGUGGCUGGCUUAAUCCUUCUAACUGUAGUGUUCCUCCCGAACGUCGGGUUGUGGUCUCUGUACAGGGAGCAGCAGCUGGAGAGCCCAGCUGAAGAGGUGCAGGGUUUACCAAUCCAGCCAAGACAAGACACUUUCUUCAUUGAUGAUGGAUUGAGGAAGAAAGAUUGGCAUGACCACCAGGCAAUCCAAGCAGAUGCAGCAAAAUCAGGAAUUGGCGAGCAGGGGAAAGCUGUGCCGUUGUCUGAUGAAGAUCGAACUAGCCAAGCAUAUCGGGAAAAUGGUUUCAAUAUCUACGUGAGUGAUAAAAUCUCUCUGAAUCGGAGCCUACCUGACAUUCGGCAUCCAAACUGCAAGAACAAGCUGUAUUUGGAGAAGCUUCCAAAUACCAGUAUCAUUAUACCAUUCCACAACGAAGGCUGGUCCACGCUCCUUCGAACUGUGCACAGUGUCUUAAAUCGUUCGCCACCAGAGCUUGUUGCAGAAAUCAUACUUGUUGAUGACUUCAGUGAAAGAGAAUAUUUGAAAAAACGCCUGGAAGAAUAUAUGGCACGAUUUCCAAAAGUCAGGAUUGUACGGGCCAAGAAGCGAGAAGGUUUAAUUCGAACACGACUACUGGGGGCCACAGCAGCAAAAGCAGAGGUGAUUACUUUCUUGGAUUCUCACUGUGAAGCAAAUGUGAAUUGGCUGCCCCCAUUGCUAGAUCGAAUUGCUCAGAACCGCAAAACAAUUGUGUGUCCUAUGAUUGAUGUUAUUGACAAUGAUCAUUUUGGAUAUGAGACUCAAGCUGGUGAUGCCAUGCGAGGGGUAUUUGACUGGGAAAUGUAUUAUAAGCGUAUUCCAAUUCCAGUAGAGCUUCAUAAACAAGAUCCAAGUGACCCUUUUGAAUCACCUGUCAUGGCUGGAGGUUUGUUUGCUGUUGAUAAAAAGUGGUUCUGGACGCUGGGUGGUUAUGACCCUGGUUUGGAAAUUUGGGGAGGAGAACAAUAUGAGAUAUCAUUCAAGGUAUGGAUGUGUGGUGGUCGGAUGGAAGAUAUCCCUUGCUCCAGGGUAGGACACAUCUACAGAAAAUAUGUUCCUUACACAAUUUCAAGUGGAUUUGGCUUGCCCAGAGUAUCAAACUUCCUGAGUUAUGUUGGACCUGCACUUGUCCAAACAAGUGGAGAGUACUUCAUCAUGCUCCUGACUGCGGAUCAUGGACGUGCUUUGGAGACUGGGGUCAGUGAAAUGGAUAGUUUGUUUCUCAUGCGAAUAAUGAAUUUGAAACGAGUUGCUGAGGUGUGGAUGGAUGAGUAUGCAGAGUAUCUCUAUCAACGGAGACCAGAGUAUAGACACAUUUCUGCUGGUGAUUUAAAAGCACAGAAAGAACUGAGGACUUCCCUUGAUUGCAAAAGUUUUAAGUGGUUCAUGACUGAAGUGGCAUGGGAUUUACCUAAAUUCUAUCCACCAGUGGAACCUCCAGCUGGUGCCUGGGGUGAGAUUCGUAAUGUUCAUAUUGGAUUAUGUGUGGACAGUAAACAUGGGGUUUCUGGCUCACAGUUGAAAUUAGAUGUUUGUAUCAAAAAUGGUGCAGAUGGAACCUGGUCACAUGAGCAGGUCUUUACAUUAGGUUGGCGAGAAGAUAUACGCCCUGGAGAUCCCUUGCACACGAGAAAAUUUUGUUUUGACGCUGUUUCACAUAAUAGUCCAGUCACGUUAUUUGAUUGUCAUGGAAUGCAUGGAAACCAACUAUGGAAGUACAAAAAGGACAAGACUCUGUACCAUCCAGUCAGUAACAGCUGUUUGGACUGCAGUGUCACGGAUAAAAAUAUUUUUAUGAAUAUCUGUAAUCCCUCAUCUCCUACACAACAGUGGCUAUUUGAAAAUAUAAAUACAACAGUUUUGGAAGAAAUGAACAUUAGAAACUUGUAGUGACUUGUAUUUAAAACAUUGAGAUGUAAUCAUUUUUAUUCAGGGUGGUUUUUAAGGGAUGUUUUUAUAGCUAUAUCCAGGGUUUUUUAAAUAAUUCUGGUAUUUUGAAAGGUUUUAUCUCAGGACUGAUUAGGUAUAAGCAGGUGUUUGUUAAUGAUGUCAUCAAAUGCUCUUGCAGUGCACCAGUGCUUGUAUGCUGAAGUAAUAAAACUUGAGCUAAUUUUUAGUGCCUUGGCCGGUGAAAGGCAGAGAGUACCCAUGUCACUGUUUUUUAUUACACCUGGGCAAUUAGCCAUCUCGCUCUUUGCCAAUUCAUUUUCUAUUUGACUAAAGAAAAAGAAAAAUUUUCAUUUGUAUAGAAUUUUUCACUAUCACUGGAUGUCUCAAAGCGCUUUACAGCCAAUGAAGUACUUUUGAAAUGUCAAUUAGGAAACGUAAAUUAUUUUUAAUCAACUUGCUUGGACAUGUGAUGGCACACCUUUGGAGUAGGCGUGACUUGAACUUUUAAUCUCACUAAAUUACUGCAAUUAUUUAAGUUCGCUGAUUUGAUCACACUUUAAAGAGAUCCAUGAAGUGAAAAAUAACAAUUAAACGACUGUAAUGUUUUCCAAACUGGCUAAGUAUCCAUGUUGUAUAAAGCUCUGUUUUCCACAGAGGAGUCUGCUGCAGUUUCAAAGUUCCUUGAUUGAUAGAGAAGGAUACUACAAUAAUUUAUUUGCAAUUUAGUUAGCCUAACUACUGGAGUUACCUUCAGAAGAACGCCAUUAAAAUAAAAUGAAAAGCAUAAAAUGUGCUAUGGUGCCUACAUGAUUGCAUAUUUUCUGGUUUUAAAAAUCAAGUUGUUACAUUUGUAUGUUUCUCAUGUUGACACCACUAUUACAUUUUACUCUGGGAUUCAGGGUAAACUUAUCUCUCUUAUUUUGCACUUUAAAAUGACGCUGUCUACAUGCGACCAAUCUCUGUUUGUGUUUAUUAGAAAUGACCUGAUUUAGGAACAUGUAAGGUUUUGCAUUCAAAUAACUUUAUGCAACGCCUGUAACAAAAUUUAAAUGCCCUCCGAGAAAUGUUGCUUAAGUCUUUUGUUUGAACUUGUAAUCUCUCAGCAAGAAUUAAGCACAGAUUUAUUUCAACAAAAAACUUGAUCAGCUGUGGGGAGUAUUUAAAAGUUUACUCUUUAUUUAUGUCUAUGCAGAAGAUAACUUUCAACUACCAUACAAGAUGAUCAGGUGUUUUGCAGGAUGACAAGAAGGAUAUAAUUAUAGAAAUUGUACGAUUUAUGAAUCAACCUAUUUUUUCCAUAGUGAACGAUCUUACAGAGAAAUAACUUCUAUGAAAUACUCAUUGUCAAAUAUGAUGGAAUUCAAGUCUCUUUAUGGAACUUUUAUGGGCUUGUCCAAUGGAAAUGCAAGUAUACAUUACAUCUUCCAUAAUGUCAAGCAGAGAAAUGCACAACUGGGCCCAAUAGGUUCAGACCAGUAUUUACACUGCACCAAAACUUCUACCCAUCAUACUUCAUCUUAUUCUAACAACAUAUCCAUAUAUCUUUUGUCAUAUGUACCUAUAUAGCUUCCUCUGAAAUGCAAUUCUAUGAAAGAUGUUAACUAUUCCAUGUAUGUCUUAGCACUCUUGGCUAAAGACGUUUCUUUUGAAUUCCUUGUUGGAUUUAUUACUGACUUUUAUUAAUGGUCGCAAAUUUUGGAUUUUCCCAUGAAGAGAAUUCAUUUUAUCUUUGAAAGUCCAAAAUUUGUGGAGGAAGCACUGUUCUGAGUUAAAUAUUAAGCUAAUCUCUAGUCUGGGCUUUUAUAAAUUUUAAUGGUUUGUAGAUACUUCAAAUAGUCCAUUUAUAUAAGCAGAAAUUGGAUAACGCUUUCAUUCUAGUUUUGGUCUGUUGAUUGGAAUGCCUUUUGAAAAUCAAUAAUAUCACAUGGAUCAAAUAUGUAUGCUAGAUAUCUGCUCUAAAUAUAACAAUCGCUCAGCCUCAUGAAUGUGUACUAGUACAAAGAGAAUGCAACUAUUCUACGUGUAAGAAAUGGUAGGGACAACCAUAUUACUUUUUAAUUACCUAAGCUGGUGUGUAUAUCAACUGCAAAAUAUAUUCUGACAAAAUAUUUUUAAAAUCAGUUUUAGAAUUACAAAGUGCUUUUCUGUUUAAGUAUACAUUUCUCAAAUUGAAAGUCCACUGACUCCUAAACAGCCUGUGUAAAUAUUUUCUGGUAUUUUCCAUUUUGAAUAUUUUUUCUUUGCAUGAAAUAUUUCAUUGUAAGCAUCUGAGGAAGUUGACAUAAAUUGUACUAUUAAAUGAAACAUGGCUCUUUAAUUUCAA